AGAAACCCCAGGUCUGAGAGCAUUUGACAAGUAUAGGCAAGACCUUAGAAAAUGGCAAAACUGUUUAACCCUGACACAGCCACCUUGCUUAGUACAGGGAGAGGGGGGAUUCCCAGGAACCAUGGAGCUGCCCUCACCUUAGCUGAACCUACUGGGAGACAGGGCCCCCUACAUCAACCUUGAGCACCAAUCCUACUCCACCAAGCGUCUCCCUCCAACACCAGCAGGGGUGGCUCCCGAGGGAGACUUUGGGACAAAGUGCCCCUCCCCUGCACCACCCGCAUCCAGGAGAGCUGCUGUUGAGACUUGCUGCCCAGCACGAGAGGGUUAAAGGAGUCGGAGAGUGGGGCAGGGCCAGCCGAGGGCUGCCAGCUCCAGGCAGUGGGGAAAUCCACAGGGCAGCAGCCUGCUGUAGACUGCCCUCGCUCCCUGCUGCCUACAGUCAGCUCUGUACAAGGAACAAUGGCCCUGAGGACAGGAGGCCCAGCCCUGGUGGUGCUUCUGGCUUUCUGGGUGGCACUGGGCCCCUGUUACCUGCAGGGGACAGAUCCGGGAGCAUCAGCAGAUGCCGAGGACCCCCACUGCCCUGUCACCUGUACCUGCAGCUGCGACGACUACACAGAUGAGCUCAGCGUCUUUUGCAGUUCAAGGAACCUCACAUGGCUGCCAGAUGGGAUCCCAGUCAGCGCCAGGGCCCUGUGGCUUGACGGCAACAACCUCUCCUCCAUCCCCUCAGCAGCCCUCCAGAACCUGUCCAGCCUGAGCUUUCUCAACCUGCAGGGCAGCUGGCUGAAGAGCCUAGAGCCACAGGCACUGCUGGGCCUGCAGAGCCUCUACCACCUGCACCUGGAGCGGAACUUGCUCCGGGGCCUAGCUGUGGGCUUGUUCAUACACACACCACGUCUGGCUUCACUCAGCCUGAGCAACAACCGCCUGGGUCGGCUGGAAGAAGGGCUGUUCCAGGGCCUCAGUCAUCUGUGGGACCUCAACCUGGGCUGGAACAGCCUGGUGGUCCUGCCUGACACUGUGUUCCAGGGCCUGGGCAACCUCCGUGAGCUGGUGCUGGCGGGCAACAAGCUGACUUACCUCCAGCCCGCGCUCUUCUGUGGCUUGGGAGAGCUGCGGGAGCUGGAUCUGAGCAGGAACGCACUCCGCAGCAUCAAAGCUAAUGUCUUUACACAUCUGCCCAGGCUGCAGAAGCUGUACCUGGACCGCAACCUCAUUACAGCUGUGGCCCCCCGUGCCUUCCUGGGCAUGAAGGCACUGCGUUGGCUGGACUUGUCGCACAAUCGUGUGGCUGGCCUCCUGGAGGACACCUUCCCAGGCCUCCUGGGUCUGCAUGUCCUGCGCCUAGCACACAACGCCAUCACCAGCUUGCGGCCGCGUACUUUCAAAGACCUACACUUCCUAGAAGAACUGCAACUCAGCCACAAUCGUAUCAGGCAGCUAGGUGAGAAGACAUUUGAGGGUCUGGGGCAGCUAGAGGUACUGACGCUCAAUGACAAUCAGAUUCAGGAGGUCAAGGUGGGAGCCUUCUUCGGCCUCUUUAAUGUGGCUGUCAUGAAUCUCUCGGGCAACUGUCUGCGGAGCCUCCCGGAGCGGGUGUUCCAGGGCCUGGGCAAGCUGCACAGCCUGCAUCUGGAGCACAGCUGCCUGGGCCGCAUCCGCCCGCACACCUUCGCUGGCCUCUCCAGGCUGCGCAGGCUCUUCCUCAGGGACAACGGCAUUUCCAGCAUUGAAGAACAGAGCCUGGCAGGGCUCUCAGAGCUCCUGGAGCUCGAUCUUACCACCAACCAGCUCACACACCUGCCCCGCCAGCUUUUCCAGGGCCUUGGCCAGCUGGAGUAUCUGCUUCUCUCAUACAACCAACUGACAGUGUUAUCUGAGGAUGUCCUGGGCCCUCUGCAGCGGGCCUUCUGGUUGGACAUCUCACACAACCGCCUGGAGACACUGGCUGAAGGCCUUUUCUCACCUCUUGGGCGGCUUCGCUACCUCAGCCUCAGGAAUAACUCCCUGCAGACCUUUUCGCCACAGCCCGGCCUGGAGCGCCUGUGGCUUGAUGCCAACCCCUGGGACUGCAGCUGCCCCCUCAAGGCACUUCGUGACUUCGCCCUGCAGAACCCUAGCGUUGUUCCCCGCUUUGUUCAGACUGUCUGUGAGGGAGAUGACUGCCAGUCGGUGUACACCUACAACAACAUCACUUGUGCUGGCCCCGCCAACGUCUCGGGUCUGGACCUGCGAGACAUUAGUGAAACACAUUUUGUGCACUGCUGACCAGGCUGCUUACAGGCCUGGUCUGGCCGAACACUGCCUCAUGGCCAGGAAAGCAUGUCAUUGUUACCAGAAUAAGCUGGCUCUCCAGUACUCACUCAUCUCCUGGCUGCAGAGCACUACUGGAAGCUAUGUGGCCUAACACAGGCCCAAGGGCCCAGCGGAGGGAGGUGCUCAGCAGCACCCCCUGCUGACCACAAUUAAAAGCAAAUACUAAGCACAGCGUGUGACCUAGAGUGUGAACCUGGGGAGCCUCCCUGCCCU